AUGGCGGUCGCGGGGCCGGGGCAGCUCAACCUCGACGAGUCGCCGUCAUGGGGUUCCCGUAGCAUCGACUGCUUCGAGAAACUCGAGCAGAUCGGGGAGGGCACCUACGGGCAAGUCUUCAUGGCGAAGGAGACGGAGACGAAGGAAAUCGUGGCGCUGAAGAAGAUCCGAAUGGACAACGAGCGGGAGGGCUUCCCUAUCACGGCCAUCCGCGAGAUUAAAAUCCUGAAGAAGCUGCACCACCAAAACGUCAUCAAUCUCAAAGAGAUCGUCACCUCGCCAGGGCCAGAGAGAGAUGAGCAGGGGAAGCAAAUUGAGGGCAACAAGUACAAAGGGAGCAUUUACAUGGUCUUUGGGUACAUGGAUCAUGACUUGACAGGGCUGUCAGACAGGCCUGCAAUGCGGUUCAGCAUACCACAGGUUAAGUGCUACAUGAGACAACUCCUUAUGGGUCUACACUACUGUCAUAUCAAUCAAGUUCUGCAUCGAGAUAUUAAAGGAUCUAAUCUCUUGAUAGACAAUCAUGGUAUCUUAAAGCUUGCUGAUUUUGGCCUGGCGAGAUCAUUUUCAAAUGAUCACCAUGCAAACCUCACUAACCGUGUUAUCACCUUGUGGUACAGACCCCCAGAGUUGUUGUUGGGAAGCACACAAUAUGGGCCAGCAGUUGACAUGUGGUCUGUGGGUUGUAUUUUUGCAGAGCUUCUUUAUGGAAAGCCUAUAUUGCCUGGAAAGAAUGAGCCGGAGCAGCUGACAAAAAUAUUUGAGCUUUGUGGUACACCUGAUGAGUUCAGCUGGCCAGGCGUCAUGAAAUUGCCAUGGUAUAAUAAUUUAAAGCCUCCUCGAGUAAUUACAAGACGUGUUAAGGAGGUUUUUAAGCAUUUUGACCCGCAUGCUCUGGAUCUGCUUGAGAAGAUGUUAACACUGGAUCCAUUACAGAGGAUAUCGGCAAAAGACGCACUUGAUGCAGAUUACUUUUGGACUGAUCCCCCGCCAGCUGAGCCUCACACCUUGCCCAAGUACGAAUCAUCACAUGAAUUCCAGACUAAGAAAAAACGUCAACAGCAGCGGCAAGCUGAAGAAGCGGCAAAGCGGCAAAAGGUUCAGCAUCCUCAUCCACAUGCUCGUUUGCCACCAAUCCAACACCAGGGCCAACCACAUUCACAGAUCAGGUCAGGGCAACCUAUGGGUAACCCUCAUGCUCCAAUGGCACCUGGGCCAAGCCAUCACUACACAAAACCCCGAGGUCCAGGAGGGCCAAACAGAUAUCCACAGGGUGGAAACCAAGGUAGAGGAUACCCAAAUCGUGGUGGGCAAGGCGGCGGCUACAGCAGUGGCCCUUAUCCUCAACAAGGCCGAGGGCCGCAGCCAUACCCUGGUGGUGGGAUGGGUGGAACAGGUGGCCCAAGCGGUGGAAAUGGCAGUGGCUAUGGAGUUGGCAGACCAAAUUAUCAGCAGGUUGGCCCUUAUGGCGUAUCUGGAUCUGGCCCAGGCAGAGGGUCAAACUAUCCUCAACAAGGUGGUUCUCGCAAUCAGCAGCAGUAUGGAAACUGGCAGUAA